AUGAAGUCUGGUCAAGAAGUUGAAGAUCCUAAGGUAGAAGAGUUAGAUGGUAAAGCAAAGUUACGAAAAUGGCUCAACAUGAAUUUUAGAAUAGAAAUGACUGAUGGAAGAGUUCUUAUAGGUGUAUUUUUGUGUACAGAUAGAGAUGCUAAUGUGAUUUUAGGUGCCUGUUCAGAAUAUUCUAAAAACAGCGAUGGAGAGCCACAAGAACCUCGAGUAUUAGGACUAGUUAUGGUUCCAGGACGACAUAUUGUGUCUAUACAAAUUGAUGAUACAACACCACCACAGAAAUAUUAUUAUGAUGAGUAA